GAAAAAUCUAAAAGUUUUGGUUAGAUUGUAAGAUCAUAGUAGGUUGAUUUCUUUACAAUAUCACCCACUCUUUUCAGUCUAUAAAAACGAACCAUUUUACUACUCCUAAAUCCAACAGUUCUACACUCAAAACAGAACUUAGUAGAAUAAUAACUUCCAACUUUUUUCACAUAUGGCUUUUAAAAUGCAAAUAGUGCUUUUGAGUCUCCUCUGCUUAACAUCAACUUUCACAGUCACUCUAGCACAGCCUGGUUAUGGCUAUGGCUGGGGCUGGGGUAGCCGCGGUGGCAGUGACUAUAGUUCGCUCUCUUCGUACUUCUAUGACUACUCUUGCCCGCAAGCCAACGACAUUGUCAUUUCGGUCUUAGAAAAUGCCAUCGCUAGAGAACCAAGGAUGGCUGCUUCUUUGUUAAGGCUACAUUUUCACGACUGCUUUGUCCAGGGAUGUGAUGCAUCUAUACUACUAGAUGAUAGUGCGACAUUUGUUAGUGAGAAAAGAGCUAAGCCAAAUGCCAAUUCUUUGAGAGGUUUUGAAGUCAUAGAUGAAAUCAAAGCCAUGUUAGAAGAUGCAUGCCCUCAGACUGUUUCUUGUGCUGAUAUUUUGGCUUUGGUAGCUCGUGGCGCCAGUGUCUUGAGUGGAGGACCAAAUUGGGAGGUUCCAUUAGGAAGAAGGGACUCAAGGAUUGCAAAUAUGAAGCUUGCAAAUGCUACCAUUCCUCCCCCAAUUUUGACAGCCCAAAAGCUUCUUGCAAAUUUCAAUCAACAAGGCCUUAAUGAAGUUGAUCUUGUUGCCCUCUCAGGAGCACAUACUAUCGGAGUGGCGAGAUGUACAAGUUUCAAGAAAAGGUUAUACAGUCAAAAUGGUAACAAUCAACCAGAUGUGAGUCUAGAGAAGGCCUACUUAAAUGGAUUGAAGUCAAUUUGCCCUUCAUCAGGGGGUGACAACAACAUUUCCCCAAUGGAUUAUGCAACUCCAAGAGCCUUUGACAAUACUUACUACAAGCUCAUUUUGGGGGGCAGAGGACUUCUUUUCACAGACCAACAACUUUACUCAGGAAAUAAUGCCGACCUUUCUCAAUUGGUCAAGUCUUUUGCGGAAGAUGAAGGGUUGUUUUUUGAGCACUUUGCUAGCUCCAUGAUUAAGAUGGGAAGCAUAAGCCCUCUCUUAGGAUCUAAUGGUGAAGUUAGGAAGAAUUGUCGUCGUAUUAAUUAAUUAAUCAAUUCAUUAUUGAACUUGUAUCUCUUAAUUAGGAUUGAUUUGGGUUUGGGUUUGGGAUUUAUUGAAUUCACGUCAAAGUUGUGAAUUUUUAUGAAGUUCUAAUUUGUGGUUUAUUUGUUCGAUCGAAAAACAAAUUUGUGGUUAAUUUGUAGCAUCGAGUUACUUUCAUGGAUUCCUAAAAUUCUUAUGCAAACUAAUAAAAGGGUUUAAAGUUUGAUUUA